CGCCGCAGUUCUGUUUUUAGUUGCUGCCAAGAAGAGCGUUGUAUUCAGUUAACGAGAUGUCUGGUCGUGGAAAGGGUGGUAAAGGCUUGGGGAAAGGAGGCGCAAAGAGGCAUCGUAAGGUGCUGCGCGAUAACAUCCAGGGCAUUACGAAGCCUGCGAUCCGCCGCUUAGCUCGUCGUGGAGGCGUGAAACGUAUUUCUGGCUUGAUCUACGAGGAGACUAGAGGAGUUCUGAAGGUUUUCCUGGAGAAUGUAAUCCGGGACGCUGUCACCUAUACGGAACAUGCCAAGAGAAAGACCGUGACUGCGAUGGAUGUAGUGUACGCACUGAAGCGUCAGGGUCGUACUCUGUAUGGCUUUGGAGGCUAAAGGACUAACUCGUUCCUAACGUCAAACUCAAAAAGGCCCUUUUCAGGGCCACC